AUGUUUGCCCACCGCGUGGCUCUAAGCAUUUGCGAAAACCCCUCAGAUGACACGCUGUCAUUGACUUAUGCUUUCCAUCACCUCCACCCGUCAAGUGCGACGCUCAUCUGCAGUGGGCUUGACGCAGACGCUGCUCAAAAAAUAUCUCUAUCGUAUUCUCUUCCGCCUAGUGAAUCACCAGGCAAAUCACGCCAAUGCAGUGUCGACAUCAAGACUAGGCAUAUUAAUGGUGUCUACGACAUUAUCUUUCCACGUCAUUAUGAAGUCGAUUUGGGGUUGGUCCAACUCUCGGUCAAGAAUGGAGACAAAGUUGUUAUCAGUGUGGGUUCCACGCUGACCAAUCGCAGCCUUACAUCUUUACCUUCAGUCGGUGUGGCGAAUAUCUUGUUGGAACCCGCAUUCCACCUUAAGCUCUAA